CCUUGGCUCAAAUGCUAUAAAAAGGCAUGGGGUCAGAACAUCGUUAGAUUUAGCCAAUCUCAACCAACAGGUUAACAUGAAGGUCCUUCUAAUUUUGGCUUGCUUAGUCGUCGCCUGUGCUGCAUGGGGCAAGAGACCAUGCUGGGGGAAAAAUUGUAGAUAUGGAGGUUAUGGAGGCGGCUACGGUGGAGGCAUGAGGAACUAUGGAGGUGGUUACGGUUGGGGAGGAAAAUAUAGGCCUUGUUGGGGUAAAAACUGUGGCUAUUACGGAGGCGGAAAUGGUUUUGGCUACGGAGGAGGCUACGGUUGGGGAGGAAAAUACAGGCCCUGUUGGGGAAAAAAUUGUGGCUACGGAGGCGGCUAUAGGAGCGGAUAUGGUGUUGUCUAUGGAGGAGGCUAUGGUGGCGGCUAUGGAAAUGGUUAUGGGGUUGGCUUCGGUUGGGGAGGAAAAUAUAGGCCCUGUUGGGGAAAAAAUUGUGGCUACUACGGAGGCGGCUAUAGGAACGGAUAUGGUGUUGUCUAUGGAGGAGGCUAUGGUGGCGGCUAUGGAAAUGGUUAUCGGGUUGGCUACGGUUGGGGAGGAAAAUAUAGACCCUGUUGGGGUAAAAAGUGCGGCUACGGAAGCGGAUAUGGAGGUGGAUAUGGAGGUCGCUAUGGAGGUUAUGGUGGCUACAGAGGUGGUUACGGCUGGGGAGGUGGAAAGGUAUACGGCGGAUACAGAGGAGGAUACGGCUAUGGUCGUUGGGGAAAGAAAUACUAAACAACUCUCAGAGGAUUCCAUUUUGGAUAAAUUUCGACCGGACCGAAUUACAUUACUCGUGUUGUUGUUACAUUUUCUGUGUGUGUUUACGUAAUAAACUGUUCCUGCAUUUA